AUGUGUGUAAAUAAUAAGUGCCGUGCUAAAUGUUACACCAAUGAAAGUGAAAAAUUAGUUGAAAAUAAAAAUACGUGUUUUGUACAUACCCAUGAGGAAGAAACUACUUUAAAUCGGCAAAAAAUAAAUAAUUCUUGUAAAAGAAAAGCAGUAGACAGCGUUGUUGAAAAACCUUCAAAAAUUAUCAGACGAGAACUUACACAACAUGAAAAUGAAGGUAAUUUGUUAAUGUCUGAUAUUAAACUUAUUUCCAGAAAUGUACAAAAUGCUAGAGCCAGUUGUUAUCCUAAAAUACCAAAGUCAAAAAAAGAAGUUCAUAAUACUUUGAGUUCAAUUAAUGUAGAAACAAAUAGAGGUGAAGAUUUUAUUUUUGAUAAUGACAGUUUAAAUGAGAUAAUAAUAUUUUCAUGUGAUACUAAUAUUGAAUUUUUGAAAAAACUGGAAAUAGUUUACAUGGAUGGCACUUUUAAUUAUUGUGAUAAACAUUUUACUCAACUAUAUACAGUUCAUGGUUUAAAAAAUAGUAUUUAUAUUCCAUUAAUGUUUUGCUUUUUACCGGAUAAAACAUUGAAAACAUAUAUUGAAUUAUUAAAAAAAAUGAAUGCAGUUGGAAUAAACCCAAAUAAAUUUGUCUUAGACUUUGAGAUAUCAAUGCACCAAGCAAUAAAUAUUAUAUUUCCUACAGCACAAAUAUGGGGAUGCUGUUUCCAUUUGUGCCAAGCUUGGAACCGGACAAUUCAAAGCUUAGGGUUUGCACAAGACUUUAAUUUUGCAAAUGAUGAAUUAGGAAAGUGGCUGGUACAUUUAUUUGGUUUACCAUUUCUUAAUCCAAUAGAAGUUGGAGAUUGUUUUGUAGAUAGUUUCAUGGCUGAAAAACCAGAAAAUAAUAAAAUAAAUGAAUUUUGCGAUUAUUUAGUAACUCAUUACAUCGAAGAUACCAGUACGUUCCCCCCUAGUAUUUGGGCUAGUGCUAGUUUUGAUACAAGCCUUACUACAAACGCUUGCGAAAGUUUCCAUUCUGAAUUCAAUUCAAAUUUUUAUCAUCAUCAUCCUAAUAUAUUCAAAAUAAUAGAAGUUUUAAAAAUGUUUCAAACAAAUACAUAUAUAAAGAUAAGAACAUCUGAAUUAAAUAGACCUCAAAAAAAAAGUAAAAAAACAGAAGAAAAACAAAACUAUAUAAAUAAUAAAAUUUCAGAUUAUAACUUACAAAAAAUUACACAGUAUGACUAUGUGAAGUGUUUGAGCUAUCGCAAUAAACCUAAUAAAAUUUGA